AUGCAGCUGCUCUUGCUCCUGUUGGCCUUCUUUCUGCCACCCAUGGCAAAGGCAGGGGAGAUCAUCAGGGGACAUAAGGCCAAGCCCCACUCCCACCCCUACAUGGCCUAUCUUCAAAGAUUGGAUAAUGGUUUUUAGAAGACGUGUGGUGGCUUCCUAAUACAGGAGGACUUUGUGAUGACAGCUGCUCACUGUUCAGGGAGCUCAAUAACAGUCACCCUGGGCGCCCACAACAUCAAGGAACAGGAAAAGACCCAGGAGGUCAUCCCUGUGAAAAGAGCCAUCCCCCACCCAGACUUUAAUCAUGAAGUCAAAUCAAACGACAUCAUGUUAUUGCAGCUGGAGAGAAAGGUCAAGCUGACUCCAGCUGUGCAGCUCCUCAGGCUGCCCAGAGUCACUUCCCAGGUGAAGCCAGGGACAGUGUGCAGUGUGGCCGGCUGGGGGUGGAUGACCCCAACAGGCAAACCUUCAGACAAACUGCGGGAGGUGCAGCUGAAAGUGAUGGAGGACCAAGUGUGCAAGACCAGCUUUACUAAUUACAACAGUACUUAUGCUAUGUGCGCGGGAGACCCAAAGAUAAGACGUGCUUCCUUUCACGGGGAUUCUGGAGGCCCCCUGGUGUGCCACAAUGUAGCCCAGGGCAUUGUCUCCUAUGGACCAAUAGAUGGGACAGCUCCACAAGUCUUCACCAAGGUCUCACAUUUCCUACAAUGGAUAGAGAACACCAUGAACCACCACAUCAUCGGGGGGCAUGAGGCCAUGCCCCACCCCCACCACUAUGUGGCAUUUGUGCAGUUUCAAAUUGGGGAGAGUAAGCACAGGUGCGGUGGCAUCCUGGUGCUAGAGGACUUUGUGCUGACAGCUGCUCAUUGCUGGGGAAGCUUUAUAAAUGUCACCCUGGGUGCCCACAACAUCAAAGAACAGGAGAAGACUCAGGAGGUCAUCCCUGUGAAAAGAGCCAUCUCCCACCGAGACUAUAAUCCUAAGGAUUUCUCCAGGGACAUCAUGUUACUGCAAGUAAGGGUCACCUCCCUGCUGCCCUUGCUCUCCUUGGUGCAGGAACUUCCUCUCCCCUUUGACCCUGCCCCUUCCCUCCUUUCCAUCCUGGCUAUCACAGGGGCUAAAAGUCUGGCAGGAGGAGACACAAGUAGCAACUGCCUGGGCAGCAUUUCAGGAAAGAUGCAGGCACUCCUGCUUCUGCUAGCUUUUAUCCUACCUCCUGGGGCUGACACAGGGAAGAUCAUUGGAGGCCGAGAGGCCAGGCCUCACUCCCACCCCUACAUGGCAUAUCUUCAGAUCCAGACUCCGGAAGGACUGAGAGUUUGUGGGGGUUUCCUGGUACGAGAAGACUUUGUGAUGACCGCAGCUCAUUGCUGGGGAAGUUCUAUAAUCGUCACCCUGGGAGCCCACAAUAUCCACAGGCAAGAAAGGACCCAGCAACACAUCACUGUGCGCAGAGCCAUCCGCCACCCUGGUUAUGAUGAGCAAAUCACACGGAAUGACAUCAUGUUACUGCAGCUGAGGAGUAGAGUCAGGAAGAAUCGGUUUGUGAGGCCAGUGGCUCUGCCUCAGGCUGGGAAGAGGCUGAGGCCUGGAGCCUUGUGCACAGUGGCUGGCUGGGGCCUGCUCAGCCUCAACAGAAGAACGGAUGUGCUCCAGGAGGUGCAGCUAAGAGUGCAGAGGGACCGGGACUGCAGCCGUCGCUUCAGUAUCUACACUGCCCAGACUCAAAUUUGUGUGGGGAGCCCAAGGGAAAGGAAGUCUGCCUUCAGGGGGGACUCAGGUGGCCCCUUGGUCUGUAACAAUGUGGCCCAAGGCAUUGUCUCCUAUGGAGAUAGGAAUGGGACCCCUCCAGCAGUCUUCACCAGGAUCUCAAGCUUCCUGCCCUGGAUAAAGAAAACAAUGAGACACUUCCAACCAUGGGAUCAGACUGAGACACACACCUGUGUGAAGGACUCUUUUCCUCUGAGGCACAGGCCAGCUCCAGGGGGGUUGCCAGAGCCCUAA